AUGACGGAGUUGUUAGGAGGCCACAACACGCUGGUCCAGCUCUUUGGAUUUUACUGUUCACCGCCUACUUUGCUCCACCCCUACAUGAGCCCCCCUGAUGUUCUUCCAGGUCACGCCUUCGCUGCCAGCGUGGCUUUCCAAAACAGAGGGUGGAAGGGCGAGAGCCCGGACGGCUGGUCCUGUGGCUUGGCUGCACCUCCCUGGGGCCAGCAGCCACCCCGUGCCCCCUGGGCAGUCCUGGUGCUUAGCUGUCCCCUGCCCUCGCCGGGCUGCCCGGCCGCCUGCCGCUGCUCCUCGGGAGAGGUGGACUGCAGCGAGCGUGGCCUCAGCGAGGUGCCACAGAGCCUGCCCGCCAACACCAGCGUGCUGCAGCUCUGCUACAACUUCAUCCGUGUGCUGGGGCCGUGGUCCUUCCCUCCUCUGCCAGAGCUGCUGCUGCUCAGCCUGCGCCACAACCACCUGGGGCAAAUCCACAGCCACGCGCUGGCGGGGCUCGGGAUGCUGCAGGAGCUGGACCUCAGCAACAACCACCUCACUGUGCUGACCCCCGAAACCUUCCUGCCCCUCACCAGCCUGGCCACGCUCAACCUGGGCGGCAACAGGCUGGGGGAGCUGGAACCCGGGGUGCUGCACGCCCUGCCCCAGCUCCGAGCCCUCCUCCUGCGGGACAACCCUUGGGUGUGCAGCUGCGGCAUCCUGCCCCUCUGGCGCUGGCUCAGCCAAAACAGGGAAAAAGUGCAAGAGAAGAGUUCGCUCGUGUGCAGAGUCCCAGAGCAGCUGAACAAGUAUCCAGUCAUGGCCUUUGAGAAUGAAUCCUUCAGGCAAUGCCAGGAGACCUCACUCUCUCCCCAGCACUACGUCGCCUUCUUGAGCAUUGGACUGUUCUCCUUCAUGGGCAGCAUCUUCUUCUGCACCUUCAUGGGCUCCAUCAUAGUCGUUUUCCACAACCUGCGCAGGGAAUCCCACUUCUGGAGGAGACCCCGCAUCUGCAGGGACUGCUGA